UAGACUAGGACUCAGCCCACAGAACUGGAACCUGUAUGUUGGUGGCCCCUCAAUUGGCAGCUCACACAUCGCCCUGUGCACCCCGGUGCUGUGGAGACGAGGCAAGUCUUGGGGCAUGAUGCUGGCCCGAGGGCUGAAGAGGAAGUGCUCUGAGGAUGUGCCCACCGAUGCCCUGCAGCGCCAGUCACUCCUGGACAUGUCGCUGGCCAAGCUGCAGCUGUGCCGCAUGCUGGCCGAGCCUAGCCUGUGCCGCUCGGUCCUCAUUGCCAACACCGUCCGGCAGAUCCAGGAGGACAUGGCCCAGGAUGGCACCUGGUGCACCGCACCCUCCGUGGCAGCCCCAGCCCCCCUUGAGCGCCUGGUGUCCACAGACAUCCUGUGUCGCCCGGUGCAUGGACAGGACGGGGUACUGCCUGGCUUGGGGGACCUCACGCAGGACCUGCCCCCACGAAGUCUUGACGACAGCCUUUGGGGUGCAGGUGGGCCUCCCGACAGAGGCAGCCUGCCCUCAGCACUGGGGCACAUCUUUGAGACACUGGAGGGGAAGCGCCCCAGCGCUGUGGAUGAGCUCUUCUCCGAGGUGGGCGGUGCCUACUAUGACCUGGACAUGCUGACGGGUGUGGGGGGUGCAGUUGAAGGGCUGGAGGGCUUCCCAGCUGCGGCCACAACUGCCUCCAGCUCCAGCUGCAAGUUGGACCUGGGUGAGCGGGGACAUCUGGUGGGGGUCCUGGUGGAGGCCUGA